ACUCUACCCUAAACCCACCGCAACUUCAACUCAAUAUUCCUCUUCUCUCUACUCACUAGUUACUUUCAUUGCAUUGGUGUAAUGGCGGACGCGGCGGCGGGUGGUGGCUCAGCCCUAGGGAGAAGACUAUGUUUUAUCCCGGAGAAGUUUCAGCUGCACUUGGCUAUGUUAGCCUUGCAGUUUGGUUAUGCGGGUUUUCAUGUGGUUUCACGUGCUGCCCUUAACAUGGGCAUCAGCAAGAUUGUGUUCCCUGUUUACAGGAACAUUCUUGCCUUCCUUCUGCUCUUGCCCUUCGCCUAUUUUCUUGAGAAGAAGGAGAGGCCACCUAUUUCUUGGAACUUCGUCAUCCAGUUCUUCCUCCUUGCAAUUGUGGGGAUUACUGCAAAUCAAGGAUUCUACUUGCUGGGAUUGGACAACACAUCGCCCACUUUUGCUUCCGCAAUACAAAAUUCGGUGCCGGCCAUUACGUUCCUCUUGGCUGCCAUACUCAGGAUAGAAAAGGUUAGGCUGGACAGAAAGGACGGAAUCUCAAAGGUGGCCGGGACACUCCUCUGCGUGGCGGGUGCAUCCGUCAUCACACUAUACAACGGUCCCGUCAUCUACAGCCCGACUCCACGGGUUCAAAGCGUAAGGGCUGCUUCACCGAUGCUGCUGGCGCUGGGCGACGCCAAAGGCAAGAACUGGACACUGGGCUGCAUAUUCUUGAUCGGCCACUGCCUGUCGUGGUCCGGCUGGCUCGUGCUGCAGGCCCCGAUACUCAAGAAGUACCCGGCUCGCCUCUCCUUCACUUCCUACCAGUGCUUCUUUGGGGUCAUACAGUUCUUGGUUAUUGCUGCCUUUCUGGAGAGGGAUCCUCAGGCAUGGCUCGUCCACUCUGGAGGAGAGCUCUUCAGUGUUUUCUACGCUGGAGUGGUGGCAUCAGGGAUCGCAUUCGCUGUACAGAUAUGGUGCAUUGAUAGGGGUGGUCCCGUGUUCGUGGCCGUGUAUCAGCCUGUUCAGACUCUCGUUGUCGCCAUCAUGGCUUCCCUCGCCUUGGGAGAGGAAUUCUACUUGGGAGGUAUCAUCGGUGCGGUGCUGAUCAUAACCGGAUUAUACUUCGUCCUAUGGGGAAAAAGCGAGGAGAGGAAAUUUGCACAGAAGGCAGCGAUUCAGUCCCCGGCAGAGCAGGUCAGCAGCAGACCAACCCCCCACAUCAAGUCAUCCAUCACUCAGCCACUCCUCUCCCAGUCAACGGAGAAUGUUUGACCAGCAAAACCCUAAUUUUAACUACAGUUACUUGCUGGUGGAAGGAAAAAAGAAAAAGAGAAGAAGAAAUCUUGAAAUUCCCUGCAGUUGAACUAUGCUAUAUAUCAUCACGGCUUUGGAGUGUGCAUGUAUCACAGCUAUUUUUAAUUUAUUAGCCUUUCCCUUUUCUUUUGCCAGUUCUUGAGUAGCUAGGUGAGUGGCUUGAUAUUAAGAUGAAGAGUGAAAAAAAAAAUGAAAAAUCGUUGGGGUGGGGUUGAGGGGAACAAUGUGAUGAUUAUGAUCUUGUGGCAUGGGGUCUAAGCAUGAAUAUGCCCCAUAUGGUUCUUAAUUAUAAUGUUAAUUAUUAUCAAUUUUAAUGAUGCUUGAUUAAAUUAUAAGGAAA